AUGACAGAAGAUUCUCUUUUGAUGUCAGACAUUUCAAAGAGACCGUAGACGCAGGCAUAACAAUUAAACAAUGCAAAGCGAAGAACUUCGUUUAUAAGAAAAGCAAUUGAUUAGCAAUUUAAACCUGUAAUAGUAACUCAUAAAGAGGACCUCUAUGAUCUCCUUAAUAAAUCAUAGGUUGUUUAAAGUCCAAAGUCUGCAUCUAAUAAAUAUCUUCAAAUUUAGAUGAGAUGUUCAAGUGCCCUUGACAGCAAUAGUUAUAAACAGUUGAAUAAGGUUCUUAAUAAAAGUUUACUUUAAUCAUAGCAGAAAUUAUUCUAAGAUGAAAUGGAAGAGCAUUUCGGCUUCUAAAAUAGGAUAAAGAGUAAUAUAGAAUCAAAUUUGAUGAAAAAGAUCAAUUCCAAAAGCAAAGAUGAAUGGUUCAAGAUUAAGGGUCCGAAAGUAUCUGAAAAAUAACUAGACUUAGGUCAAUAACUAAAAAAUCUAGACAGACUUAUUAGUGAAUAAGACCCUGGUGAAAUAUUAGAUUAAUAAUCCUAGAGGAAAAAUAACAAGCAUGGCCAUGGGGAUAAAAACAAAGGAUCGAAUUUCUCUAUGACAACCUAGGGAAAUUUAUUCAGUGCUUCUUCUAAUUAAGAUUUGACUAGAAGUUUUAAGAAUUUGUAAAGAAAUUUAGGUGGAUCAGAUAUAAUAAGCUCUUUCAAAGAAUAAAGAAGGCAAUAACUCAUAAAAGAUAUGAGCUGUAUUACUCCAACACACUUAAAGCUGAUUAGAGAUAAAUUGUUCAUAGAAGAAAAAGACAAGCAUUUCUAAUAGAGAUUAUAAAGUGGUGUUGGUUCUCCAAUGGAAGAAAGCAAGGGGAAGUUAUCAGAGGAUCAAAAAGAUAAAGAAAUUGAAACAGAAAAGAAUUGGCGAUAUAAGCAUAAAUAAUAUAUCAAUGAUACUCAAAGUCUUCUCUAUAGAAACACAAAGGUAAUUGAAUAAAUGGGGCAAGCAAUAGAUCAAAAUAAAGAAUUGCUGAAGAAUUUGCUCAGUUCAUCUAAGAGGAAUAUUAAAGUACAUAAAUCAUAGUAGAUCUCCCCAAGAAAAAAUUAUCAAAGCUACAUGGAUUAAACUGUCAGCUCAUAAGGGCAUGAUCAAAAGAUAAAAGUUGUCAUUGAUGCAUUUAAUGAUGAAAUACAUAUUACUUCUAAAUCAAGGGAAAAUUUAAUUAAAAAAGUAAUGAGAAGCUCAAAAAAGAAGUUUUAGCAGCAAUUCUAGCUCCAAAUCUAAUAAGCUAAAACAAGACCGAAAGAAUUUCAACGAAAGUUAUCGAUUAAAGUUGAAAAAUUUGAAGCUGGUUUACUUUAAAAUGCAGCUGAUCCUACCAGAUAAAACUCAUCUCCGAGAAAAGGAUCACAUAUUGUCCAUCUUUACAAUAAAGGAGCAGAAUGCAUGUCUCCAUUGCAACCUAGAGGAAUUGGAAAUUAUCUAAGAAAAAGUAGUAACAUCAGGGAAGUCAGUUAAAGAAGGGAGAAGAAGGAUAAGGAACUUCAGUCUAAGCUAUUAAAGUUAUCAAAUAUGGGAGAUUAAAACUCCUAAAAUAAGCUUUAAAAGAGAUCAAUAAAAAGUAAUGCAGAAAUGAACAUAAAAACAGUCCUGCUCACUAAAGAAUACUAGUUUGGAUUCAAUGCAAAUGAUUAACCGAUAAUUUUAAUAUCCUAGGAAUCAGAUGAGUAGUCAAAGCAUGAUGAUAACUUAAGAUAUGUAAAUCAAUAAUUUGAUUAAUGGUCACGAAUGAGUGAACCAGUAUUUUCUGGUAAUUGUAGAUCUGAAAUAAAUUUAGUUGAUUAGAAAAAACUGAGUCGUCCUACUUCAACAUUGAAUAAAUUCGAGUUAGAUAUCUUGAACGAGUAUAAGUAAAAUAUUGAAAGACUAGAAUAAGGUAAAAUUUAAAAGGGGCUUUGGGAAACUAAGUAAUGCAUUGGAACACUUCCUGAUUCCAGGGAAAGCUGCUCAAUGGUAUCUGUAGGUAAAGAUAUUUAUCUAUAUGGAGGCUACGGAAGGGAACUCUUUGAUGAUAUUAGACUACUUUAACCAAUGGCAAAUUAGUGGAAAUGGACAUUAAUAAAGUAAAACAUUAAUAGUCAAGGAUAAAGGUUAACAGCAACCUAAAUACUUCAUACUGCACAUCCUGGACCCAGAUAUGCUAUAACAAUGAGAAGAUUUUAGAAAAAUUUAAUUUUGUUCGGAGGAGGUGGACUAUAUGUGCAGUCAAUAAAGACAAGAUAGUGUUACAACGAUAUAAAAUAUUUUGAUACAUAAGAGAAGUAAUGGUUUAAGGAUCAAAGAGGCCUGAAGGGUAACUAUGUUCCCUAAAAGAGGUUACAUCAUAGUGGAGAUAUCUUGGGUUGUAUAUUUGCAAUUUAUGGUGGUUUUAAUACUGAGCUUAAGAAAGUUUUGAAUGAUCUUAUCUUAUUUGAUGUUGUUGAAAACUCCUGGAUUACAGCUUCUGUUAAGUAUCCUACUAUGGAUACUCCUAUUGGACCAAGAGCUGAGCAUUCUUUUACAACAAUAUUAAAUCAUAAGUCAGAACUCUUCAAACCAAUAAGAUGGGAUAGAUAGCUCUGGACUAAUUAGAAUUUACAAAAAGAAUUUAGGGUUUAGAAUUUGCAAGCAUUCUCUAAAUCUUAUUUCAAGUAUGGUUUCUUUUUAUAUGGUGGUUAUUCCUCGAAAGCUGAAGAAGCAUUAGGAGAUUUAUGGUUGCUUUAACCAGAUUGUGAUUUGAAUAACUAAAUAGUUUCUACAACCUAGUGUUAUGAUAACAAUGAGAGUUCUUACAAGGAUUAUAAACUGAACUUAAAAGCUUACAAUAUUACUUCUAUUGUUAAAGGAACGCCUCCAUUAGCAAGAUAUGGGCAUUAAGCACUCUCCAUUACAAAAGGUAAAUAUCUAAUUAUCAUUGGAGGUAGAAACAACUCAAUAUAUAAAAAGCUUAAUAAUAUUGCUUUGAACGAUAUAUGCCUUUUCAAUACUUAAUCUUUUGAGUGGGAAACCUUAGCUAUUUUUGGCAGUAUACCAGCAUCAAGAUGGAAUCAUAGUUUAAUAUCUAUUUAAGAUAACAAAUUGCUAUUGUUUGGUGGUGUAAAUACUCACUCCUACAUGAACUCCUAAAUAUUUUGCUUUGAAUUCGGCUCAGAAGCUGUUGAAAAUUUUAAGCAAAAGGCAAAGGAGAUUAUGGAUGGACUUAAGCAUAGAGCGAAAUAGUUAUCUCUUCAAUUUAAAUGA